GAAGUCCAAAAAUUCCCCAGCUGCUACUGUCUUCUCCACUGCCACCAAACCAAUGUCACAAGUCGGACGACAUGAGGCGACUCGUGUUCCCGUGACCGCCUUGGGCACUCUGGGGCCACUCGUUUUCUGCGCCGAGGGACCUCAUUUGCGAUUGUAUCACAGAUUCAAAUUCCUCGCAACAAAACAAAUCUUCGAAGGCCAAGCAAUACAUGGAAUUGCCGUCCACGCCGAGCAUCCCCAAUAUGCAUUCAUAGCUAUUUGGGGAGGAUGCCUCGUUCGCCUGUUGCGAAUCGAUUCCUCCCUACUAGUUGGCGAGGUCGAACCUAGCAUUUUUGACCAUGUCUGCUGUACUGCAAUCUGUAAAACGACCGAUUGGCUUCUCGACCUCUGCUUUGGACCUUCUGCCUCCGAGGGUGGCUCUUCUGGGGAUGAAUUCGUUACUUGUGCUGCCGUGACCGCCCAUGAUGCUCUUCUAGAAUUGAAAUUGGACCACGACCGAAGUAGCGAAGAGAGUCAUGAUCUGGGCUCUUUGAAGGUGUCAGAGCUAACAUCAAGCACGCGAUCUAUUUUAUAUUCUGCAGACGUUCUGUGGGAGGACCGGGAUCGAAUUCUGAUUGCUGCCGGUACAGCUUUCGGAGAGAUCAUUUAUUGGUCGUGGUCACGAGGACCUGAUGGACAUUCCAGUUCUCGGACACACCACGUUUUCUUAGGCCAUGAAGGCUCCAUAUUCGGAGUGGAGAUCUCGAAAGAGUUUCUGGACAUCUCGAGCAAGAAGCCCACAAGACUACUUGCUAGCUGCAGCGAUGACCGAACGAUCCGAAUAUGGGACGUCUCAGGUGAUGGAUCGCAAUUAUCAACACCAGACAUUGGCUCGGAAGCGGCGAGAACUCGGCACACUGGAUUCAGUAACGAAGCUAUUGACAUGGAUGUCUCGAGUGCGCCGUCCCUAGCAAUUGGUUGGGGACACACCUCGCGCGUCUGGACAGCACGCUUUCUCGAUGCCGAUGUCCCUGGAGCAAGCAUCUGCCUCCUUUCAUCGGGAGAAGAUGCAACAUCGCGAGUAUGGCAUCUAGUAGCAAGCAUUGGAGGACCUACCCGAUUUGACCUAAAACAAGUGAGUUGCGCGGCUUACCAUAAUGGGAAAAAUAUAUGGUCGGAGGCGUUAUACGAACCAGUCCCGGGCAUCCCAUAUAUCGUAUGCGGCGGUGCGGACAGCAAGAUAACUGCUCGAGUGCUUUCCUCGUCACUACAACCUGAUCGUCAGGGAAUCAUCCGUACAGGCGAGUACACAGUAGAGGAUAUUGUCGCCAUUCAGACACAACCACACCUCGUAUCAAUAUCUCCAAAGUCGUCGGCACAUAAGUCGUCGAAAGUCUCAGAAUUCUUCCGAAAUUAUGCUUUCGUUGAUUCAGAGACAUUAUUGCUCACCACGAACAGCGGUAAAGUCUAUCUCGAAAAGCUGUCGAUUGAUGUGGAUGAUGCCGAAGUCACUGGUAUGAUUUCCGACUCCAAGCUUCUAGACGAAAAAGACGAUCUCCGCGGAUACUCGAUUUGCGCUGCCCACAAAACGCUUGGUGUGGCAUUUGUAGCUGGUUCUCGCGGAAGCAUCUACAUGUAUCGCCAGAACCAGCCAAAAUUGUCGCACAUUUACUCCACCAAAGGAAAGGCUGGAAGUUUGUUCGUUGCGAGCACCACAAGCAAGAUUGGGGUAGUAAAUCUGUUGGUAACGUUGAUGGGGCAGUCGGCUGCCUACCUUCUCUCUAUCGAAACAGGGCGGGAGGAGAACGUCCUUGUGCGAGAGGUUGCGUUGUCGAUCUCCGAAUCAAUGACUGGCUCGACGAUCACGAGUAUGGAGCAUGUAGUCUACGAUGAUACGGCAGAAUAUAUCUUCCUUGGCUUCCGUGGAGGCUCCAUCGCCAUUUACUCUCUCACCGCAACUAUGAAUGACGAGAUCCAGAACACAACAGCGUCACUGAUCAGGAUCAUCCCCCAAGUUCACGGAAAAGAGACAGUUACAUCUAUGAUGUGGACACCGUCUGGAGACAACACACCUUUCCAAGGAUAUCUCACCUCCGUCGGUCGAGAUAGCUGCGUGGCCAUUCAUUCCGUAGAUCUUUCCGAAAACUCGGUUGCCAUUGUUCACAACGUUCCGCUUGCGAUAGGACCGAACAUCGAGGGUCUGUAUUUCAAAGACAGCCACCUCAUUGUCUACGGUUUCUCAAGUGUUGCGUUCGUUCAGUAUGAUACCACAUCGGAAGAAGAGAUCAUGAGCGUCGAGACGGGAGGGUCGCAUCGAAGCUGGGCUUUCCGACCCCAGUCUACAGAAGACGGAGGAGGCACACUGGUCUGGACACGGGCGUCUACCAUGCAUAUCCGCACGCAGAAACAACCAAACCAUGUUGUGAUCAGGUCGGGAGGGCACGGUCGAGAAAUCAAAGCGGUAACUGCGCGCAAUAGAACACCUACGGAAGGAUCAAGGCAGCUCGUCGCCACAGGUGCUGAAGAUACCGACAUCAAGAUCUUUGAGUACGUAGACGGAGACUUCGUAUGCAGGCGUACAUUGAGGAAACACGUCACUGGUAUACAACAUCUUCAAUGGUCUGAGGACGGAGAGUACCUAUUCAGCAGUGGUGGGUGCGAAGAGUUCUACGUCUGGCGAGUGCGAUUUCUACCGUCAUCACUGGGUAUAGGUGUUGUGUGCGAGUCUAUCUGCACGCCUAAAAGUGAUCAUCCGGAUUUGAGGAUAAUGUCUUUUGAUGUUCAGAAAAGAGCUUCAACUGGCGGAUAUCUCAUUUCGAUGGUGUAUUCUGAUUCGAAGAUAGGGGUCUACAGCUACGAUGUCACAGCGGCCCAGAGAUGGCGUGUUAUUGCCACGGGAACCUACUUUACGUCCUGCUUGACCCAAACAGUUUUCCUCCCAGAUGCUACCAUUUUGACCGCAGGUACAGAUGGGCAUGCUGUCUUUUGGGCUUUGCCAGAAUCAGUCCGCGGACCACAUGAGAAUCUGCCCGCUGAUUCUCAGAAAUUGACUUGGAAAGAUCCUAUUCGCAUCCAUCAAAAUGCAUCAAAGACACUCGUAAGUCAACUGUUAGAGAACGGGCACAUAGUGGUUGUCUCUGGCGGCGAUGACGGCAGCUUGUGUUUGCAAUACAUCGAUGUAACUACGUGCACUGCGAGGCCGCCAAUAAUCGUAAACCGCGCGCACAGUUCGGCAGUGACAGCUUGCGCUGUUGCUUCGUAUGAGGUGAAUGCUUCCUACCAACGUUUCUAUUUAAUGACGUCCGGAAACGACCAGUGGAUAAGAGUUUGGGAGGUCACAGUAAACGCAAACGAAGGAGUAAAUCACAUGCUAGACAUAAGAAGGAUAAAAAGGCUCAAAACAAAUGUCGCAGAUGUCUCGAGUAUGACAGUACUGCCUCAAAGGAGGGUUUUGAUCACGGGGGUGGGGAUGGAAGUUACUGAUACCAGCCUCGUCCCAAUGUCUGAAGCUCCGAGACAUUGUGGUCUGUGACAUGGUCUGUGACAUGGUGCUCCGACUGUUGGGGGGAUUGU